AUGGGGUGGAAUGUGAAAGAUGAACGGGACAGGGAUCUGUAUCUGUGGCUUUUGGAUAGCGAAAAGGACGAUGAGCUGAGGCGCGCGCGAAGGCGAAGAGGUAGCGCGACCUCGAUGGGAAGUCGAGGGGCGGAUCUCGCCGCGCGUGCGAGCGAUGUUUUAAUCAAGAAUCUCGAGAAUGCAACGAGAAUAUACCGCAGAUUGACGGUGUUACUACGUCGAAAGCGCGCUCGAGGGGCGUUGUACCGGCAUCGCGCAAAGCUCGAGCGGUUUAAACAUGUUCAAACCGGCCAACUUUGA